GGGUAUUUUAAAGAGAUUUUAUAGAUCACUCUACUGUACCAUCGUCCAUUAUGGGUGAACGUUAUAUUAGGGACUUACCUGAUGACAUAAAGAAAAAAGUGGCAGCUGUCUUGGACGCAUAUGACCCACCUAACUGGAGAUCUCUUAUAAAUGUUAUAAGGCAUAAUGUACCUUCCUGUAGUAAUGCUUUUAUUGAUAAGUGGAGUGCGAAAGUAGGGAUGGAAGGUCUAUUGCCAGGAGGAAGUCCAACCCUGAAACUGCUUAGUGAUUUAGAAAACUUAGGACGAGGCAGUGGCACUACUGUUGGGGAACUGGUAAACUGGAUCAAUUCUAUGGGUGGCAAUACAUCUCGUGUACAGACAAUCGUAAAUAUUUUGAGUAAGUAUAUGCUUAGAGAGGCAUAACCAGGAUUCUUCCAGAGGUACACACAAUUUGCCACAUCCUCUGGUACCCCUCCUUUGUUUGACAUUAAUUUACAGUGCCCUGCUUCGUCUGCUGCUAAGAAAAUACAGGCCAGGUGAAAACAAUGUGUUCAUGUUCCAGAUGUUCUGGAAGACAAACAUUUUGGUCACUCACAGUGAAAUUUUUUAAAAAAUUUUUCUCGUUAACAAGGGCACCCUCAAAGUGCCAAAGUUUGAAACUUUCAUAUAUCCAAAGCAUGCACUUCAAUUUAAGCAUUAAUACAGUAAGCCAGAAUGCACCCUAAUUUAAGUAUUAAUACAGUAAGCCUGUGUGAACUGAUCCUCCUAAUCAAAAAUAAUUCCACGUUUUCAUUUUUCAGUGAUCACAGGGCACCCAACCAGAGUGCUAAACAUAGACUCAGUACAACCUAAGGACCUACAGUUUUUCUUCUGUUGACUAAGUUAAUUAGUUUACAAUUUUCUAAUCGAAUCAUUGUACUUUUUUAUGUAGCAGGUGCACCAGUGAUAAAGCAAAAUAUCCCUGAAGAAGUCCAGGCAGCACUAGGACAAGAUGUUAGAGUCCACUGUGAAGCAUCAGGAAAGCCACCCCUGUAUUUUCAAUGGUUUAAGAAAAGGAGUGAACUUCAGGGACAAGUAACAAAUACUCUAAGUCUGCAAAAUGUUUCUCCAGAUGAUGAAGGAUUUUAUGUUUGCCGAGUGGCCAAUAGUUUGGGAGUUGUCUUUACAGGCUGGACCAAAGUUACUAUCGAUAGACAUCCCAGUGCCUACAAUUAUCGGCAAUUUGGUUAGUACAGGUUAAUACAGUUGAGUAUUUAAAGCGCAAGUUCCAUUAAAAUGUGAUACAAUUCAGGAAUCUUAAAUCAUCGAGGAGCUUAUACCUAUACAAGUACGGGUAUCUGUGCAAUAUUAAGCUAUAAAGUUAUUUUAUUAUAUAGAUACUGAUGAAAUACCAGGAUUUUUCCUUUUACUAGAAAAUCAUUUCUUCAUCACACACAGUGAAGAUACUAUUUUUAUCUUUCAUGUGUGAGGAUAUUGGUGUCGCUAUGGUUACUUAACAUUAAUUUUGACUUUUUGGAACAGAAAAUAUAAGUAUUAUUGUCUUUAUUUCUCCUUUAUAACUUUAUAUCUGAGUUUCAUAACAUUUUUGUGACAGGCAUUUUGCAAUAGGUGACCACUUUAAUUGCACUAUUUUGCUGUUUCGAAAAUGAAUAAAGACAAAAGUUGUGUUUUAUGUAGGAAUUUCAUCAGUAUCUAUAAAAUAAACAGAACAUUACAUGGCCACUUGGGGAUAUGAAUUUUAUCUUUGAGUGCUGAAAGGAUCUCUCACUCAUUCUCUUCAGCACUCAAAGAUAAAAUUUGUAUCGCUGCGCGGCCAUGUAAUAUCCUCUAUGUGUAUAGGUAAUAAUCUUUUGUGCUAUGACACCGUCAUUAAAUAAUACCUUUUAAUGUGCAUCCUCAGCCUUGUUUUCAGGUGGAUCUUUGUAUUUACUGUUUAUGCUGCAGGUGUAAUUAGCAUCAACUUUUUAACAAUUUGCAUGAGAAUGCACUAGUUCAAAUGUUGUCUUGAAUGGAUUAACUCCUGACCACUUGUUAUUGUUUGAACUGUUUGUAAAAAUAUGCAUAGAAGAAGGAUGCCAAUAUUUCAAGCUGAGGUGAUUGAACAGACUCGGCCAUUUAAGCUAAGACCAAUUUUCUAAAAUUUGACCAAGACAUAACUUUGAGAACCAAGCAGGUAAUCCCCUGGCCAUCAGGCUAGUUAGGCCCAUCUUAACUUUUCAGGAAGACAAAUAAAACACAGACUCAGGUUUCAAGUCAUCUUGCCCACUACCCUGCUUGUGCCAAACCCGCCAUGAAAUUAGCAGAUGUUAUUAGAGGUAUGGGAUUUAAGCCGAAAGAAGUCACUUUCAUAGACAAUUAAGGAGUCAAUUUUUCUUUGCAGAUUUCCCAAUUAUCACCUGUCAAUCAGAGCCUACCAUUCGUGUAGCAUUUGGUUUAAGGUUAAGAUUGUAUUGUGAUGGUGUUGGAGUGCCUGCUCCUAGUUUCCAGUGGUAUAAAAACAAUGCUCCCAUUGAGGGAGCAACAUUUAGGGAACUUACAAAAGUAAGUGUCACUAGUGAGGAUCAAGGGAAUUAUUUCUGCAAAGUGUAUAACAGUGCUGGUGAAGUAUCUUCAGAUCUCAUUCAAGUGAUUGUUGCGCCUGCAGGUACCAUAAAAUUACUGUUUAUAGUUAUCCAUGUAUCUAUGAGUUGUUUACUUAAAAAAUUCUCUUUCACAAGUGCAAAAACCCAAAGUUCAGCAGUGUGCAAAGAAAGAAGUGUCCCAUAGCCCUGGCCUUAACAGGGGUAGUGAAAAUUCUGUGUUCGUCAUUUUUUGGAGGCUCUAGUGAAAACAAAGUUUGGGCUAGGACAUGCUAGUUUCAGCUUUCUCAAAUGAUCUAUUAAAGCUGUAAAAGUGACUGUCUUUGCACCCUGCUUCAGGUACUUGGCACCAUAAAAGGUAUGGCUGAAGGUUCCAUUUGAAUAGCCUUCUCAUUAUUUCAUCAACUGACCCAAUUUUAGAGAGAGCUUAAACAGCUAAACCAAAUAUUAAUGAAGGAAAAAAAGAAGAGAUUUAUUGACUUUGCACGAACUGGUCACAGUAUAAUUUAUUUUUUUAAAGUACAGCAUAAUGCCAUUAAUACAAUAAAGUAAGUGAGAGUGCAUUAACUGAAACAAGUUAUCCUCCAAGUCUAGAAAUAAACUCACAAGUUCAUGUCUCCAUUAACUAAAUUUGGAUUAAUUGACUGUCUGGGAUUAGUGAAAUGUUUAGACUUUUAUAUCAUCAUCAUCAUCAUCAUAAUCAUCAUCAUCAUCAUCAUUAUUAUUUUAUUUAUUUAUUUAUUUAUUUAUUUAUUUAUAAUUAUGGUAAUGUAAGAGCACUAACUUACAUGUAUUCAUUUUAAUUAUUUUUCAGUUGUUCCUAGGGGUUUCCAUGAGCGAGGUAACUACAGACAGAGAGGAUUUAAUAUUCUUAUAUAAAUUUUUAUUUUACCAGGUUUUAAUUACUCCUAAAAAGGCACCUGCACAACUGUAGAUUGGAAGUUAUGAAAAAGCAUGUUCUGCUAUAAACAAAUGAAAGAUUUAUAAUCAUAGUGAAAAUGUGAUUUUUGCUUGUUUUCCAUCUCUUUACAGUUGCAAAUAAAGUGGCUCUGUUGAUUGGUAAUAUGGAUUACCAGCAUGGUGAUAAGCUUGGGCAGCUCUACCACCCUAUAAAUGAUGUAUGUGGAUUAAUGGGAAGUCUUUUAAACAUGAAUGGCUUCAAGGUAAGUACCUUAAUUCAUAAUAAGUCAACCAUCUCUUAAUGCACACCUCUAUGAAAUUGAUUUCUCGAGGUGGUCCCUGUCAUUCUGCAACACAAACUGACCACACCAAUAAUUUAUUGAUAGACACUCACGGUUGGCCUUAACAGUAUCAGCAGUAUGGCCUAGGAAAGUUCAGAGACAAAUUAUAAAAUAAAUUUGUGGAGAUCAUGAUAAUGAUCGUAAUACUAAGAAGAGAGGUAGUAUAAAGGAUUCUUAAUAUUUUCAGGUUUUGAAAGGCAGCCAUAGGCUUGUUUGAAAUAAUAUUUUUGUUGUCUCUUCUUCUCGGUACUUAGAUGAUAGAUAUGGCUAACCAGUCUUUCAGAAAUGCUUUGUGAGAGAAGCAUUUUAAAGAAUGAAGAUAUCUAUUUUGUAGGUACUCACUUUGGUUAACCUGACACUGAAGGAAAUGAGAGAAGCACUUCGACAGUUUUGCCGGCUUCUGGUUGAGGAUACCUUUGCCUUGUUCUACUUUGCUGGUCAUGGAUUUGAGCGUGGGGGACUAAGCUACCUGAUGCCAGUAGAUGCAACAGAUUCUUAUCUAAGCAAUGAAAACAUGGCCUCCUCAGAAGUAUUAGUUGCUAUGCAAGAAACCAAUGCGAAGUUACAUGUUGUAUUAUUGGACUGCUGCAGAACUGAGUAAGUGAUGAAUAGCAGCAAGCCAAAAUUGAAGUAAUGCAUGGGGGGUACUCCCUAUAAUGGCCUAUAUGGGGAAGCUCCACCCGACAGGGGUAAUUUGCAUUACACAACAUGUGCAAUUAAUGUAUUUAUUAAAGAGGGUAUUUCAUGAUAAUUAAAAGAUUUGAAUCUUUUGCGCUAGGAUUUCUGCGACUGAUAAACGCAUGCGUGUGUAAAACUGACAAAAUGCAAAUGGCGGGACAAGGAAAUCAGAGAGAAAUCAUAGCAAUAUUUUACAGAUUCUGCUGAAAUAUUAUUUCAGGGUUAUUUCUAAACAGUAAUCACAAGUUUAUAUUUGAUAAGAACCACCUACCACGUACCAUUUAUUUGAAAUGAUAUUGUAGGGAAACCUGUCAUUUUGGUCGGUAAAAAGGUCCAAAAGGGCUAACAGAUUUAUUUUAUGGCUGUGAAAGUCAAGAAAAUGUAGCAGUUUAUGAUAUAUUCAUAUUUUAAAGACAGUGCGUUUACAGUAAUUAAAAGGAAAGCAAAGUUUAAACUAGAUAUGUGAAAGGGGUACGUUUUUUUUGGCAAAAAUGGUAUAUAAAAGGGUAAGGGGUCAGCUGGGGUCAGACCUUGGGGUAGAGCCUUCCCUUAUAAAACUUUGCUGUGAUAAGCUAUCACAUACAGUUAAUGAUCUAAUAAACGCGGGCGUUUAUUUUAAAUUUAGGGGUGCAAGAGGGGGCGUUAAAUAGAUAGGAGGCGUUUAAAAGAGAGAGACGUUUAUUCUCAUGACUGUGACAAGCUCAACAAAACUAGUAUACUUUCAGCGAAAAUACCAAGAGAGUUCACAAAUAGCAGAAUAUCCAGUCCACUUAUUAAUACAUCUAGGCCGUCUAGAGAUCCACAUCGCUAUCCGUCAAAUCAGAUCGGAUGCCAGAAUCCUCGUUCAUAGUCACUGUGUUGUCAUCGUUACCCUAUCCUUACUUUGAACUUAACAUUGAACAAGAUGCAAUGUGCCCACGCUUGUUAAUCACGAAAGGAACUGGAGAAAUUGAAUAAUUUUAUUCCUUUUUACUAUUUCCUAGUAUUUUAUAGUAAUUUUCAUGGGAAAAGGGGCGCCUAUUAGACAGGGAGAGAUUAUUAGAGAGGGACGUCUAAUAAAAACUGAACAACGCAAGGGAGGCGUAUAUUAGGUUAUUAGACAAGGGGCGUUAAUUUGAGGGGGGGAGUCAAUUAGAUCAUUUACUGCUCCUGACGGUAAUUAUGACAGGGUUACAUCACGGGGUGUGGGGUGGAUGUUACUGUUCAAAAACCUAAAUGGGUGUCCCCUCCCCCCCUCCUUAAGAUGGGUCUUGAUUUUGGCAUUACUUAUCUAUAGAAGGCGCGAAUAUAUAUAGCGCGAGACUUGAACCGAGAAAAAGGCAAUGGUAAGCGCAAUUGCGUUCGUUUUUUUCCAACGCUAAUGAGAGAAGGAAUACCUCAAAACAUAGUCCUCAAUUUUUGGCUGGAAUUUCUGAAAAAAGAUCUUACCAUUAACCUGGCGUCUAAAGUAUUCAGGAUUUUUUUGCUUAAUGGUAAACACGCCAUUUUGAAGGUCGACGAAAAUCGCUCUUUUGGAAAAACCUAAAACGAACGAAAUAAUAAGUGGAGUUAUCUCACUUUUUGCUUCAGACCUGACAAUGGGCCUAAUAACAGACUAUUGCUUCAAGGAGGUGAUUUACAAGCUAUAAAAAAACCAAAUGUUGUUCUGACGUUUGGAUGGUAAGUAUUUCAGUGUCAAACAUUAUUGAAGCCAAAAAUAUUGAUGUUAAUGAUUAAAGGUAUUUUUUAUUUUUCUCGGGUAAAUCACACACCCCAAUCAAUCAGAAGGGUCACAAGAAUUUAAUAAAUUAUCCCCCGAGGGGAAUAAUUAAUGAUGGCGGAAGAGGUUCAGUUUGGUAUGCGUGUGUCUCACAACGUGGGCCUUUGCACAUAGUCAAUACUGUUUCCCGCCUUUUUUUAGCCUUUGAAUGUAGCCUGUGUGUUGGGGCGUAAGAAGUCUUGGGCGCGAGGUAAACGGAGCGUGCGAGGGCUUCCUCUUUACGGCCCGUCCUUAUUCGCAGUGGCGGAUCCAGGGGAGGGCCGGGGGAAGGGAACGGUUCCCCCCUUAUUUCAAGACCAAACUGAAGCCCGAAGGGCCGAAAAAAAUUUUUUUUUUUGAGACCCCUGCCCGUUUAUCUGAAGGUCCGCUACUGAUGUGCACCCUACAUUUCUCCUAUGCCUAUGAAACCGAAAGGACUUUAUUGCAUAUUUAUUCACCUAUAUAUCAUUCUAUCUAUUGUUGUCAUUUUUAGUUUAUCAGCAACCUCUUUUCUAAAUUUAAAUUCAAAUUUUUUUAGCCGUUAUAGUGUUUUCUUUCAGUGUAGCUCUGGCCCUGAGGAAGGCUUAUUUUUGUUAGCCAAAAUAUUGGCCCCAAAUAAAUCAGCCCUUUGCCGUAUUGACAGCCUUGUAUUCAGUUUUGUUAUAUUUCUAUACAUAUGACGGUUUCACGUGUUACUCAUUUUCUAUCCAUGACAUUUUUAGGGUAGUUGUUUUGUUUCAUAAUUGAUAAAACAACUUUUUUCACAAAUUCUAAAAGGUACAAAUGCAACCCUUGCCAAGUGCACCGCACAUGACGCGAAGAGCUUUUUCAAAGUUUUGGAUCAUUUCCUUGUGGGAUUUACUCAUUUUUGAAAUAUUUAUUUGCAGUUGUUCACAAUCGUAUGUCUAUGAGAGUAGAGAUGAGAAAAAUGGCUUCUUUGCUAAACACCUGCUUAAGAAUCUUACUGUUGAACACAAAAACAAAUCUAUUGAAGAAGUGUUACUGGGUGUCAGUCGAGGUAAGCCGGUAUUUUUGGUUUAGUGUGAGCUGAUUUUAGGGUAGCUCUACGACGGGAGGAGAAAUUGUAACCCUGAGGUCCUUUGCGCAUUACGAAGCAGGGAGCAGCUACCUGCUCUUGAAGAAUGUGUGCCACCAGAAUAACAUUCUUGUUCUUUAAAGUUUUCUGUCCUUGAUAUCUUUAAGGUAUAGACGAGGAGAAUCUAGUGGAUCCAUCUACACAUCAGAAGCAGAUUGUCAACAGAAUAACAACAUUGGUGAAACCUAUGAGCCUAUGGUGUCCAGUGGACAGCAGUUUCAUGAAUCCCGCUACAGUAGCUGCAACUAACCAAUGGCAGUCUGCUCACGGUAACGAGGCUAAUGAAUGCAUAAGUUUAGUGAGUGGGCGAAAAAGAAAGUAGCCCGUGAUUAGGUUCCCCGGCGAGCGUGUGGCGUUUUAUCGCCUUCCCCUCUCCCUUUAGAGAGACUAUUCACUGGCUAGCGUGCAAGCGAGGAAAAUAGUGAGUGGAGCGACUGAGUCAGCGAAUGACUGACUGGCUUGCUGACAGGCGAAUGAAUUAUUCGAUGAGAUUGCCUCUUAAAUGAGAAAUUGCUUCUUGGCUAUGAUCAAUUUAAGCCAAAUAACCGUACAAAACACUGCUAGCACUCCCUCAGGCAGAAUCGUCGCGCGGGAGAGCGCGUGCGGACGAGGCAAAGAGAGCUGCCUCUCUCCAGUUCCUUUCUAGGCUCAUUUGCUCGCUCCAGUCCUGCCAAGCCUGGACUCGACUGACUCACUGACUGAAAAGGGACUUAUUGCAGUCUACCCGGGUAACGGCUCAGGAAAAAUAACCACUCCAUUUGUAAGCAUUCGGCACGUGACAUUUUCACGGUACAGUGGAAUCAUCAUAAUUAGAGCAAGGUGCCAACAGGCUGAGCCAUUGUUUGUCAUAACGGAAGUAAGAUACAUCGGGGGAGUGUUUCAUAAUUUACUCUCAUUUUGGUGUCAUAGAGGGAUUCGCCGUUUUCACUUUUUCAUUUCAUUUUUUUGGUAGAAAUUCCCACCGAGCCAGUGAUGGUGUUUCAAGAUGACAACAACAGAGUCAAGGUUGUACUAAACUUUAACGCUGAAGUUUCUAACGUCCUCAUAGUGAACGCUCGAGCACUGGGAGACGCCGAAAAGGACUGUUCAGUUACGUUUGACAUGUGUCGUGUAAGUAUUAAAUCGACCUCAAUGUGCCUGUAGUAAACUGUGGUAACCUUUAACUAACAUGUGUCACAUUAUGCUCGAUAGGUUGUCAGCGGGUGCAGGGUGGAGCGAAAUUCCAUCGUGGGGAAAAAAUGUAGACCAUUCGAGGCAACAUUAAAGGUCAAAGAUCUUCAAAGGCUCACGGUAAAAGAGAGACACUAGUCUUCAUUUACUUACUAGUUUUAUUUUGGCUUUUUUCAAGUAGUUUACAGGCAUGCAUUUCACCGACGUCUUUGCUCGGACAAUGUUGUCCGCGCUAGAUCAAGAGGCCUAGUAACUAGGCCGAAGGGAAAACGCAAACGAGACGAGCCAAAUGGGCACCUCGUUCCCAGGGCUUUUUCGACAAAGCCAUGAGAACGAGGUUGACCAAGUGAGCCCUUUGCAGCUGGUCAGUCACGUGGGACAAGACAAACAGAGAGAUAACAGCAUUUAUAAUGGUGAUAAGUCUGUGUCUGUGCCUGUGUUUGUUUAGUCCCAGUGCGUUCCUUGAUCUCCGGCCUGUCGUUUUUGCACCAGGUAACUGACCAGCUGCAAAAUAAUAUCACAAAUCUUGGGUCUUAAAUGUAAAAAUUGCCUACCUGAAAAGACCUUCCGAGCCUGAAACGGCGUCCCGGCCAAGUAAUUAGGCAGAUUUAGCACAGAUAUCGUGACGUUAAAUGAGAACGCGAAAGCGCGUGGAAAGGACUGAACAUGACUCCUGUUGCUCAAUUUCCGUUAUCCCAUUGGUCAAUCAGUUUCAGAUCUGCGUGCGCCGUCGACAAAGCCGUCUUUGCUAAAUCUGCCAAAUACGUGUAACGAAACUCAGGGGCGGAUCCAGGAUUUUUUUUAGGAGGGGGUGCACUCGUCUCUUGCUCUACUUCAACACCAAUAAACCACAGUUUUUUUUUUGCAGAAUGCCAGUUGUAUUAGAAAAACUUAUAGAUCAGUAAAUUGAAGUAAACUUUAUUUAUUUAUUGUUUGUAGGAACCGUUAGUAUUAAAGCUGACUGUAAUGUACACCGUACGAGACGAAAGGAAACAGAUCUCUGUUACAUACAAAAUGGAAGAGAAACCUCUCUAUGCUAAACUUGUGACACACUGGUAAACAAUGUACGAAACAAUGGAACAAGAAAAAAAAGCGCUUUCAUUAUCAGUAAUAUUAAGAACUUUUUACGCCGUAUGGAAGGACUACAGCUAAAAGUGACCAAUGUAAUCACUCUAAGAUGGACACGUUUGGGACGGGAACUUAGUGCUUGUGAUUGAAAGAUGCCUGCUUUGUGGAGAGAGAGAAAGGAAAAUGACUGUAAAGCCGAAAUAGAAGGGGCCAACUGCAGGUGUCCGUCCGUCUUUGCCUGCGGUAACUUUUAGUAAGCAAAUUCACACACGUCAAAAUUGUAAGGAAAAGGACCUUAACGGAAGCGGCACCAUGACCACUACAAACCGUAGAAGCUAAGAUUAUAUUGCUUUAAUGAUCACUAUAAUAAUUCCUCUUUCUCUCUCCUCCGCAAAAGCCUCUCUUGUUUCACGAGGAGACUGGAGGGAGACAGAGAGGAAAGUGUCUCGCAUGGAAAUUUACUUGGUGGGAGCAGGGCAUGGCUUUCCACGGUCAUGUGUCUUCAGCCGAUUCUCUUUACGCGUCUAAACUCGAUACAGAGAGCUUGAAUUUCAAUAAAAAGAUCCUGCAAAAUAGAAAGAACAGACACUGAAUACAAUAAUCAUGCAUUUGAGAACAAGCUGUAUCACCCCAAGUUU